AAAGCUAUAACGAUGUCCAUGUAUAUCUAAGAUUCAUUCUUUCCAACUUGGAGCGCAUCACGAUCGUAAGUUCGCCCCACCCUACAACGCCUGCUCAUCAUGUCUCAGGCGCUGAUGAAUCCCUCAGCCUGUCCUUUGCCAGACAGUUUUGUGACAUUCUGCAGCGAUCAACCAGCAUCCACGUUUUGUUGGAAUGUCAAGGUUGAGAGUGAUUCAACGCUCUUACUUUCUAAUAGGACGAGGGCAGACUUGAUCCAGGAUGCUUGUGCAACUGCACAGCGGUUUUUACAUGACGGCCCUUUACGAAGGCGAUGCGGAGAACCACCAGUCAAUGUAGGCUUCUUCGCGCACAGUGGCUAUGACCUCUUCGUGGGGUUCCUCGCUGCCUUAAUGAACAGGUGGACUCCAACAUUAAUAUCUGAUAAAAAUAGUCCUGAAGGUGUAGUACACCUUGUUCGUGCCUCCGGUUCUCAAUGUCUUUUCGUUGACGCUACUCAUUCAAACCUCGUGGACGUCGUACGACGCCAAGUCCCGAAUAUUCAAGUUAUUCCUCUGCGAAGUGAUGGCGGGACGACUGCACAAUUCCCUGUCACGUACCCUCCCAUCAUCGACCAAAGUUGUGACUUAGACUUAGAUGCGGUCGCGUAUAAUCUACAUACUUCAGGAUCAACAGGACACCCCAAAUUGAUACCAGUUACUCACCAGCAGUGGUACGAUCAAACCAUGCGAUUGACACCCUUUCCAGGCCGUGCGGUGUGCACCCCUAUGCCCAUGUUCCAUACGGUCGGGCUUACUUGCUUAACCAAAUUCACUAUUGGUGCGGGCUGCAUACCCAUAAUUAUUGAAUCCCCGCGACCCUGCACGGGAGAAUUACUGUGCGAUGUUCUCAACCGCUUCAAUGGUGCGAUUUGUGUAUCGCCUCCAUCCCUACUCGAACAGAUCUCCUUGAUGGGAGAAGGAGCUAUCCAAGUGCUUGGCUCUACAUAUAUGGUUUUGUUUGCCGGCGCACCCCUGCAAGAGCCUAUCGGUAAUAGAUUAGCAAGUCAUGGCGUGAAGAUUAUCUCGGCCUUUGGAACCACUGAGACCGGUCAAUUAACUGUAGCAGAUGUCAGCUCUGAUGAUCCUCUCGACUGGCCUUAUGUCCGAUUCAUCGAUCCGUCUGCAAUAGAACUGGUGGAUGUUCCCAAUACCAGUGAUUUGCGACGUUUAGUUGUUAAGCCAGGUCGUUUUGUGUCUUCUGACCUCGUUAAUCACGAUGAUCCUGUUGGCUUCAGCCCCGGUGACCUGUGGCGGGAGCACCCAAUAAAAAAAGGACUUUGGAGACACGCAGGAAGAAUGAGCAGUGUGACUGUUCUCAGCAAUGGAGAGAAGACCGACAACGAACAGCUUGAGUCACUUAUGCUCAAGAACCCCGUUGUGGAAGGCGCGAUUGUGUUUGGAGAAGGUCACUUGCAGAAUGGGCUGAUUGUCCUUCCAAAAACCUCAUCUUUGGACGAUGCUGAUUUCGCAGCAUCCUUGCAGUCAACCGUUCAGCACAUGAAUUCCAUUAUCCCAAAGCACUCUCGGGUCGUACAAACCCUCGUUAUCCUCGGAAAUACGCAAAAACCUUUCGUCCUGACAGACAAAGGGACUAUCAGACGCUACGAGACACUUGCUCUUUACUCCAAAGAGAUUCAGGAAGCGUACGCGGCUCUCGAGUCUGGGUUUCCUCUCAGACCUCUACCAUUAAAGGAUGAUCACAAGGGCAUUCUAAUGUAUAUCAAGGCAAUCGCAGCCUGUGUACUUGGGGUGGAGGUUGCUGUUGAAGAUGACCUUUUCUCCCGCGGCAUGGAUUCCUUGUCAGCGGCGAAUUUUACCGCAUACCUGACGCCACUCUGGAAACUCGUUAGGGACACAGAAUUACCUCGUAAUAUCGUCUACAAAUAUUCAUCCAUUGAUGGCCUGCAUCAAGUGAUCAUCGGGAGAAUAUCGCACAUCGUGCAUCGUAAUGCAGAACAGAUAGAUGCGAUCAUCAAGAAGUGGACUUUUCCGAAUCCUGCUUCAGCUCCAACCAGUCGUUUAUCGUAUUUGGAACACAUGUCCAACGAUUUGGACGACGGUCCCAUGACAGUGCUCCUCACAGGAUCAACAGGCGCGUUCGGUAGCCACGUCUUGUCAGAGCUCGUCCAGAGAGAGGGAGUCCACGCUGUUUACUGCUUAGACCGCGCGAAUCCUCGUUCGGUAGGUACUCAUACUCGACGACUAAGACGCGAAGCUGCGUCUGGCAAAGGAGACACGAAGGUCGAGUUUUGGUCUAUGAAACUCGAAGAAAUCAACUUGGGCUUAGAUUCAGAAACCGUUCAGAAGGUUUAUAGAGACGUUACCCACAUCGUUCAUUGCGCAUGGGAUGUGAAUUUCAACCACGAGUUGGAACACUUUCUCGACCCCCAUGUUCGUGCCCUACACACGAUGCUCGAAUUAUCUGCUUCCAGCGUUCGCACAAAGGCGCCGCGCAUCUUUUUCAUGUCCAGCGUUUCUGCUGUUGGGAGUUACUCGGGGCCCGAGCACACUAUCCCCGAAGUUCCUUUUGACUCGCCGAGUUUGCCGCUUGACCAGGGUUAUGCGCAAUCGAAGUAUGUUUCAGAAAGGGUUUUAAUCGAUGCAUCCCGAACCGCAAAUAUACCAGUAACAAUUGUGCGCGCUGGACAACUCGCUGGCAACACCACGCUAGGCGCAUGGAAUGCGUCGGAACACAUUCCUAUCUUCAUCCAGGCUUGCUUCUCUUUGAAACUUAUGCCCUCUAAAAUUCCGAACCUGUCAUGGACGCCAAUCGACGUUGCAUCAACCAUCUUGGUGGACAUCAUGCUGAAUGACCCUCACCGCCAUACGACCAAUCUUUUGGUACGGCACAUCGAUAGUCCCAAAGAACUCGCCAGCUCGGAUUUUCUGCAAUGGAUGGUUGAGGCAUCAGGGGAUUCAAUCGCUCUUGUAUCCAACGAAAACUGGCUCGACGCAGUGCGAAAUAGCCCGAAUGUCUUGAGGGCGAAACAUUUGCUACCGUUCUUCGAAUCGUGGCUGUCCGGUGCAGCUCAACAUAGGCAUCGUGUGCUCAGCGUACAAGACACGAAGCUUUUGUCUGCAAGCUUUUCUCGAGCACAGAUAACACCAGAGCUCUUCAGACAGUAUGUGGACUUCAUUCGCAGAACAGACAGAUUAUCUAUCACCGUAUGAACAAUCUCGGUCUGGACACUCUUCGACGUAAAAUUCGAUAGCCUGGUAUCACAUAU